AUGAACAGAUCUUGGCAGCCCGCGCAACAACAAAAUAUUCAAAGUGCACCGAUUCCACAGACCAACCAAAAUCUACAAAACAGCCAGCCCAACCCUCAUGCGAAUAGCAUAUCCAAUCCAAAUCUUGUGCAGAAGCAGAUUCACGAGUUCCAAAGAUUGCAAAUGAUGUUGAGGCAUAUCAAACAACAAAAAGAAAGACAGCAACUGCAGCAGCAGCAACAACAGCAACGACGUCAACAACUGAUACAACAAAUACAAGCAAUACGGAGAGCAAGGACACUACAAGGGGCUAAUGCACGAGUGGCUGGCUCAGCGCAUGUAGCGAAAAUAAACCAAAUGGAAAAGAUGAUAAGAGACAUGAUAAAAUAUAGAGACCAAUUAAAAAGACAAGCAGCUUUUAGGCAAAAGACAAGGCAAGUCACUGUAUCAAACAAUUCCAACAGAGAGCAAAUUUCUACUGCUGACGUUCAGUCAGGUCCCUCAAUUCUAAUAAUGGACAAAAAUACUGUGACCGAAAUCCCAAUAUUAACAACGAAGAAACCGAAUGCUAGCCUGGGUCAAAAUAUGAUAGUAUUCGCAAAAACAGCCAAUAUUCACUCUAACGUAGACUUACAACAUAACAAAGGAGUUGAACUUAAAACGAAUCAACAAUCCAGGCAACAACAGCAGAAUGAGGUAACCACUCCGCAGCCUGUGGCUUAUCAAAACAACAUCCAGCAUACUGAUAACCAUUUCAAAGGACAUCAUCCCAGUAAUUCACGUAGUGCGAGCUCUAGAAUACAGCAACAACAACGACAACAAGAAGUAUCUCAAAAAAUUACAUCUGAUGUACUCGGAAAUAUAUUUGAAAAGCAUCCACAGGGAAACACACAACCUGCAAAUUUGCAUUCCCAACAAGAGCAGAGGCCCCAUAGGCAAACGCAGCAUGAACUGAUGACUGAGAAACAGCAUAUUGCCAAUCCUCAAAAUAAUCCUACGAAUCCAAAUGCAAGAAACACCAUGCAGAAUGCCAACAUACCUAGUUCGCCACCUGAAAACUUCAACAGAAUUAAAAGCACUAUUAAAGGCAACCAACAACAUCACAACAACCAUCAAAAUCUUAACCCAAUGUGGGAACAGAAUCACAAUCCAAAUGUCCACGUCUCUUCCAGUAGUAAUCAUCAUAAUAAUGGACCAGCGACAGUGAAUGGUCAUCAAACACGAAAAACUAGCCAUGGUAGUAUAGAAACAAAUACGCAACACUUAACGCAGACACAGCACAUUCCACAACGUGCUACAAAUGUACGGAGAAACAGUCCUACUCAGCUUGAUCUACCUCCUCUAGGAAUGAUUCCAGAUCAGUUAAUCCAAAGCCAAAAUAAUAUGCAUCCUCCAACGACUUUACCGUCUACUGCAAUGCUUUCGGUAGGUAGUCAACAACCGGAGAUGCAAUCCAGUUCUAAUCACCACAGAAGUAGUCUACGUAGACAAAAUAUCGGCCAUGAAAAUCGAAUAUACACCCAAAGCCAGCAAAACACGAACCAAAUAACAACUCCAAUGAAUCGUGGAAUUAACCCAAAUCCUUAUAACCAACGCAGUAACAUCCGAUUUACAGUUACCACCGUAAUACCACAAACUUGGGAACGAAAAGUCCAAGGAGGACAACAAAGCAAACAUUUCCAAUCCACAACGACUACAGCAUCAAACCCACAAAUCGCCAACGUAAUGCACAGGAGUUCAAAAAACCACCCACAAAGAAUAAAUAGGCAACUGUUCAAACGACCACCAAGACCUUCUUCAACUCCACCAACAGCAACAGAAAAUCGACAUGGAAACUUUAUCCACCAUGGCCAACAAAGUAAAUUUCACCCUCGAAUUAAACAACAGAUACUGCAAACUUCAUCACCUGUUGUUGGCAAUCCACCGCGGCAGUUUAUUCCGACUACACUGCCAUCCAUCCCAACUACAACCCCUAGACCUUCCUUCAAUGAUUAUUUCAAUCAAAUUCCUAGAAGUUCUCCAAGGAAGGUUAAAAUCAACUUUAGAAAACCCGCUCGACAGCAGACCAACCUUAGCAUUAUGACACCACCCCCUAUCAUACCCACUCAACCAAAUUAUCCACCACCACCUACUCAAGUGCCAGCUCCAAUGCGCUUACCAGAACUCUUGCCGACGCUACCUCCUCCACAUCCAAAUCUAGAACAAGUCCCGCUUUUUCAAAUGAAACAAGCUAACCAACGGUCUCCUAGACAAAACAUAACGCCACCUCCUGCUGUGCCUACCCAACCAAAUUAUCCACAGACCACAGAGGUUCCAUCUCCACAGUACCCACAACACCUUCCAACGAUACCACCUCCACCUCCAUCCCCAGAAAGGAAUUUUCAAACAAAACAAAUUAAUCAACAGUCAGUGAGACAACAGAUGAAUACCAUUGUACCAAACAUUCGCUAUUUUACAACUACUGAAAGUCCAAUGAUAUAUCAUCCACAAAGAAAAAGUCAAAGUGUAAAUCAUGGGAAAAUACCUUUCUCUGGUGUAUCAAAUAACAAAAACAUAAACCAGAAUCAAAUAGCAAAUGCUAACAACAACCAUCUACCUCAGACAAUCCCAACAGAAGUCCAGCAGAGUGAAAUUCAGAAAUGGAAAUCGGAAAUGAGAAUUAGCAAUCCAAAUUCGAAUCACCAGUCUGGAUCAAGUAACUUAAACUUUCAUACAAGUUUGCCACCUACAACAACAGAAAAACCAAAGGUCAUUACUCCAAGACAACGUAACGAAAAUCCUUUGGCAAAACUUUUACGACUCCUUCAGCGGAAGGCUCCUUCCAUUAAAUUUGCAUCUGAAAGGCAUAAUCAGCAACGUCCGCAACAGGUAAAGAAACCACAUAGCAGACGUAACCAGCGUAGGCCCACCCGACCUUCAAUGAUACGACCAACUCAGAUCCCUUUUACAGAUUUACCAUUUCACCCAAAGCCAAAUAGCUUUCCUUUCAACAGGCAUACUUCAGCACCAUUACCACGACCAACAAAUGUGCCACGAACGAACCGCUGGUCCAGCAGAACAAUGCCACCAGUCGUUCCAACAACUUUGAAAAGCAUGCCAUUAAACACCAAACGCUUCGAUAUCUCUCCAUUUUCUAGCUUUCCUGUUACUAGGCCAAAUCGUCGUCCACAGCCAACAAGUCUUCCAUUUGUUCAAACUUCCGCUCCAAAACCCACAUCAAUACCAGUGACAAGUAAUGUACAUUCUAUCAAGCAGAUGACAUCCAGGAGUAGGAGUGUUCAACACAGGAAACAAAAUAUAAAUCACACUGUGAAUAAUGUUAACCAAAAACGUAGAAAAAAUACACGGAAUAACGGUGUUAAUCCAGCACAACUGUUAAUUGCAGCUUUGAUUCAAGCCCUCCAAAAUGGGAAUUUGCUGAAACAACUUCAACUUCGCCAACAAAAUAAUCAACACCCAUCACAUAGCAGUGAACCGCAAAUACCUCAACAGCAUUCAAAUAUCAAACAACAUCACGAACAAGGGCCAAGAAACAAUCAACAAACAUCAAUGAACAUGUCUUAUCAAAAUACUGUAGACCAAAAGGUUCCUGCCACAGAUCAUCAAACACCCCAACAACUGGAAAGGCACCAACAGGUUCACGAAAAUCAUAAUAUAAAUCACCCUCAAGUUAUGCAAUAUAAUCCUGAUACACAGACAACCCCACCCAAAGAUAUGCCUGACUUAAGUAUGCUACAGGGUCAAGAAAUAGAGUUUACCGAUGUAAAUACAGGGUUCGGAGGAGAUUCCCCACCACCGGUCAUUAUCCAAAGAAUCCCAAAGAGGUCGAGAUCCAGAAACAACAACAAUUUCAAUGGGAACUCAAACGGGGUACCGUAUGAAUUUCCAACAAUGGCACUGCAUGAAAACAGUGCUGUUGUAGUUGAUACAUCAAUCCAAACACCUACAAUUGAUAAUGACGAUCUCUCUAAUUCAACAUCGGAAGGAAACGAGACGAAUCAAUCCAUUGAUCACAGUAGUCAUAAUGAAUCGGUAACUAAAAAUAUAUCAAGAAUAAUUGAGCAAGAACAACCUAAACAAGUUAUUGAAUCCAGUAUGAAAAGUGAAACUACAACUCCACUUGCGGUCGUACGAAAAAUAGAACUCCCAGAUUCCGACAAAGAACCGACGGAGGAAAAUCAGAACGUUAAUGAACUUGACAAAGGUUUAAACACUAUUUCUGAUAGUAAACACGAGAACGAUGAUGACAAAAAUAUGUCACAUUUAGAGCUACCAAGCAUGUCACCAAUGCUUCCAGAAUAUGACUUUCCUGAUUUAGGCACACCUCCUCCAUUGUUUAUGACGAAGAAAGAUCACACCACUACUGAUCAUAAUCUCAAAGACAAUGAGAACAACUUGGACAUUGUCGCUCAUGUGAAUAGAGAGGUAAUGCUGCCAGUAUCGCAUGAUAUCAAGGAUGAUACAACAACGGCAGCAACAACAACAACACGAUCUCCUACAACAACAACAAAUCCAACUACACCAUUUACCUCCGAUGUUCAAACAAAGGAACCAUUUGUAAACAGCGUUACAACAACUGCCUCACCCAAAACGACUCUUCUGUCGACAACAUCAUUGAUGACAGGGAAAACUGAAGGGGACAUCGAAUUCGAAUCUUUGAGCACGAAAUCGUCACUCACUACAAAAGAAACCACUCUUCCCCAAAUCGAGGACGAGGACCACUUUACGACAACGACAUCUACAACGUCUACAUCAUAUACGUCAAAGGUUCCAGAACUAAAAUCAACUACAAUGUCACCAAAAACAUCCUCAACAACUAACGCUCCAACAACAUAUACAACCACCACCACAACAGCAAUGCCAACAGUAGCCAUAACAUUUCCUGCUGGUCAAAAAUCAACAGCGCCACUGGUUAUCACAACAGAGUCUUUGCCAACAACGAAUUCAAGAUCAUCUACUAAUUCACCAACAACAUUAAGUAUCAAGACUACAACAGAAACAAUCACAGAAAAGCCUCUCGCACAUUCCCGUAUCAAUGCCAAUAUGUUACCAGAGGUUUCGGAUGAUUUUAUUUCGGAUUCUGAGACGUUUACAUAUACUACACCAUUUCCAAUGCUUCACGAAAAUAUGGACUAUAGAAACAUAUUUCCCGAAAUGUUUGGCUUGAAACCCGUACACAUGAUACCAACGACAAGAAAACCCGAUAUGACAACUGGGUUCAUACCAUCAACUUCAACAAGUAUUCCAUCUUCAAGCAUGACGUACCAAAAGGUACACCCGAAUAUAUUUGGCCACACCAUAAUGCCAAAAAUGCACAGCGAAAAUGAGAGAACUACACUAUCUCCUCUCCAAACAACAACAUUACCACAAACAACAACGAAAACGUCAACAACAGAAUCAAAGACAAGUGAACCAGCAAUGACAACAGCUACAACUACCUUCAUCACAACACCGUCUAUAUUUCUGACAAGUGUCGCAUACCGUGAUUUAUUUCCAGAAUUGUUCGGACGAAAACCUGAUAGACAGGUAAAUGCUGUUGAAGGAUCUGCGAAGGAUUCAUUUACCACUCGACCUACAAUAAAAAUUACAACCACCACAACUGCCUUGCCAACGACAACACCAACAAAAACUACAACAACUUCCGCAUCAACAACAACUUCCGCAUCAACAACUUCAACUACAACUAUAAAAACCACAACUAAACCAUCUACAACAACACCAAAACCUGCAACUACUAUACCAUCAACAACAACAACAACAGCAGCAAAGCCAUACAUAGAAGAGAGACGACACACGAUGCCUACUAAAGACUACUCGUUCACACUCCCGACAACCAUUGAUUAUAGAGAUUUAUUUCCAGAAAUGUUCGGAAGAAAACCAUUGCCCCAUAUAUAUGACACAAAAGAGUCUGUCGUAAAGCAAUUUAAUACCCCCAUGACAGCAAAACCUAUCAUUAAAACAACUUGGUCACCGCCAGUGCAGAAGACAUAUGUGGGGCAGUCUCUUGAGGACUCGAGGUUGCAUAGGGAAGCAACUGCUCUAUUACCCACCUCAUCUUCAUACAAAACAAACAUCAUUGAUUCCGCACUAAAGGAACCAAGUAAUGUAAAGGCUGUGAAGAAGUCUCCAGAGUUUUUCGUGUCCAACAAUUUAAAUGGCGGUAAGCUACGUCCACAGGAAGUUCGGUCUACUACACCUAGAACAGUAAGGGUUUUAGGCAGAGAUAUUGUUGUACGUACAACUGCACAGAGUCUGUCCGGGAACCACGCUUCUGGAAACGGACAGUUAAAUGAGAAUGCCGCAAAUAAAUUUACAGAUAUUGUCCAGGACAGCAAAGCAGGACAGUUGUCACAACUCAACGUUGUACAACCAACACCAGUGGUACAGCAUACCUUUAACAAUGCUAUUUCACAAGAAUCAAAACCUCGGGCCCAUUUUGAUGUUGUGGACAUACCUUACGAUCCCCAUCUCGACCGAGCGGCUACUUUACUUUCGGGAAGUAAAAUUCCAAACCAGUAUCAUGAAGCAGCAACUGAAGAAGCCGUUCAAAUUCAAGAAACUGUCGAGAAUACAUUACCUAAAGAGUCUGAAAAUUUUAUUGAUCUGAGUUCUUUUAGUACAAACUCAUUGGCAGCAAAUCCAGCUCUUCCACAAGAAUCAAAUUCAAUGAAUGAUGUCGCAGACGUUUCUACACAAUUAGACACCCUUCUUAGUGCUUUAGGAAGUGACAUUAUGAUUCAUGAGCAGAAGAGCAACGAUGGUCAUGUUCAAUACAAAAUUCAAGGAGGAAACAAAGACCUCCCUGUAUUUGUUCUGAGGACCGGUUACAGAUGGACAGAAACCAUAGGAUAA